AUGAGUUUUGCGUGUGGUGGUGGUGCAGUGGUGGCGGAGCUGGAGGGGCUGCGACGCAGCGCUCGUGCGGGCGUAGCGGCGGGCGCGGCGCGCGACUGGCUAGCGGCGGCGCGCGGCGUGCGCCUGGCCACGGCGCGCGGCUCGCUGCUCGCCUCACGCGCCUUCACCGCCGAGCGCGACCGCCCGCGCGCAUGCAACGACGACCGCGUGCUCGCCACCGCGCUCGCGUUGCACGCCAACCUCGCCAACCCCGCAGACACACGCGCCGAUAACCAAGAUGAAAGCGGAGAAUCAUCCAAAUGCGUACGUCAAGUAUGCGAAGUGGUUUUGCUAACUGACGACCGUAACUUACGCGUUAAAGCAUUAGCCGCUGAGCUACCUACAAGGGACCUGCCCUCCUUCGUACAGUGGGCGGGCAUCAGCUGUGACGAAACUGCCUCUACGGAAUCGCAGCCAAGUGCAGGGUGCAAUAGUACGAGUGGAGAUAAUUGA